AUCUGCUUGGUGUACAGGAUGUAUGGGGCGUACGGGAUGUACAAGAUGUAGGGGGAUAUAUAUAGGGUAUACGGGAUGUACAAGAUGUACGGGAUGUAUGGGGUGUACGAGAUUUACAAGAUGUAUGGGAUGUAUAGGGUAUACGGAAUGUAUGGGGUGUAUGGGAUGUACAGUAUGUAUGGGAUGUACUGGGUAUACGGGAUGUAUGGGGUGUACAGGAUGUACGGUAUGUAUGGGGGGGUAUACGGGAUGUACAGGGUGUAUACGGGAUGUACAGGGUGUAUACGGGAUGUACACGGGGGUGUAUACGGGAUGUAUGGGGUAUACGGGAUGUAUGGGGUGUACAGGAUGUACAGUAUUUAUGGGGUGUACAGGAUGU